UUGAGUCGUUGACCAGCGAGCUGGACUAAUCACUCGUAGUAUGAUAGUAUCAGUCACCCUAGUGCCAUGUCCGAACCAGAGGACCCGUCCGUCUCCACCAAUCGCACUCCGCUUCGUUCCCCUGCUUGCUCGCUCCCCACUCCUCAGCUCGUCUCAUCGAUCGCCAUGCCGCGUCCCCCCCUCCAUGUCCUCCUCCUCCUCCUCCUGUCUCUGCGCGCGGCGCCGUGCCCGUGCUCCGCGGCCACCACCGACACGCUGUCCCCCGGCAAUGGGCUCGCCGGCACCGCCGCCACGGCCAGGCUCGUCUCCAACAACAGCAAGUUCGCGCUCGGCUUCUUCAAGACGGACAGCAAGUCCCCUAACACCUACCUCGGCAUAUGGUUCAACAAGGUCCCCAAGCUGACCCCGCUCUGGAGCGCCAACGGCGAGAGCCCCGUCGUCGACCCGGCCACGCCGGAGCUCGCCAUCUCCGGCGACGGCAACCUGGUCAUCCGGGACCAGGCCACCGGGUCCGUCGUCUGGUCCACCCGCGCCAACAUCACCAGCAACAACACCACCACCGUCGCCGUGCUUCUCAGCAGCGGCAACCUCGUCCUCAGGAGCUCCUCCAACGCCUCCGACGUCUUCUGGCAGAGCUUCGACUACCCGACGGACACCCUCUUCGCCGGCGCCAAGAUCGGCUGGAACAAGCGCACCGGCCUCAACCGCCGCCUCGUUUCCAGGAAGAACGCGCUCGACCAGGCCCCCGGCCUGUACUCUCUGGAGAUGACGGAGAGCAACGGGGUUGGCCAUCUCCUGUGGAACUCCACCGUGGCCUACUGGUCCAGCGGCCAAUGGAACGGCAACUACUUCGGCUUGGCGCCGGAGAUGAUCGGCGCCGUCAUGCCCAACUUCAGGUUCGUCAACACCGACGAGGAGAUCUACUUCACCUACACGCUGCACGACGACGCGGCGAUCGUGCACAGCGCGCUGGAUGUCUCUGGCCGAGGCCUGGUGGGGUUUUGGCUGGACAGCAAGCAGGACUGGCUCAUCAACUACAGGCAGCCUGUGGCUCAGUGCGACGUCUACGCGACAUGUGGCCCUUUCACGAUCUGCGACGACGACGCGGACCCGACCUGCAGCUGCAUGAAGGGCUUCUCUGUGAGAUCACCCAGGGACUGGGAGCUGGGGGACCGAAGAGAUGGGUGCGCGAGGAACACCCAGUUAGACUGCGCAAGUGACACAGGUCUCACAGAUAGGUUCUUCGCCGUGCAAGGCGUCAGGCUGCCCCAAGACGCAAACAAAAUGCAGGCUGCUACGAGUGGAGAUGAGUGCUCAGGGAUCUGCUUGCGUGACUGCUCCUGCACUGCAUAUUCCUACUGGAACGGAGACUGCUCCGUUUGGCGUGGGAAACUGUACAACGUGAAACAACAGUCUGAUGCUUCUUCUCGUGGAGAUGGGGAAACGCUCUACAUCCGCCUUGCUGCAAAGGAGGUGGCAAUGCAGAAGAGAGGAAUCAGCGUUGGUGUUGCCGUCGGUGUCGCCAUCGGUGCUACCGCUGCCGCUUCGAUCCUCCUAGCAGGUCUGAUGAUUCGGAGGAGGAAAGCGAAGUGGUUUCCUCGCACACUCCAAGAUGCUCAGGCCGGCAUUGGAAUCAUCGCGUUUCGGUAUGCCGAUUUGCAGCGAGCAACUAGGAACUUCUCAGAAAGGUUAGGGGGAGGCAGUUUUGGUUCGGUAUUCAAGGGGUGCUACCUAGGUGACCCGGUUACCCUGCUGGCAGUGAAAAGGCUCGACGGUGCCCACCAAGGAGAGAAGCAGUUCAGAGCAGAAGUGAAUUCAGUUGGGAUCAUCCAGCACAUCAAUCUAGUCAGACUGAUCGGAUUCUGUUGCGAGGAUGAUAAGAGGCUACUUGUGUAUGAAUACAUGCCGAAUCACUCUCUCGACCUACAUUUGUUCAAGGCCAACGGUACAGUUUUGGAUUGGAAUCUCAGGUACCAGAUAGCUAUUGGAGUUGCAAGAGGACUGACCUACUUGCACACUAGCUGUCGGGACUGCAUCAUACACUGUGACAUCAAGCCAGAGAACAUACUCCUUGACGCAUCUUUUGUGCCUAAGAUCGCAGAUUUUGGAAUGGCAAAGGUUUUGGGGAGAGAGUUUAGCCAUGCGGUGACCACAAUGAGAGGCACUAUUGGGUACCUCGCGCCUGAAUGGAUUAGUGGGACAGCCGUUACAUCUAAAGUCGAUGUGUACAGCUAUGGGAUGGUUUUGUUUGAAGUCAUAUCGGGAAGGAAGAAUUCGAGUCCAGAGUACUUUGGGGAUGGCGAUUACUCAAGUUUUUUCCCUAUGCAGGUUGCACGCAAGCUUCGCAGUGGACACGUUGAGAGUCUGGUGGAUGAAAAGCUGCAGGGCGAUGUGAACCUCAAGGAGGUUGAAAGAGUAUGCAAGGCUGCGUGUUGGUGCAUUCAGGAAAACGAGUCUGCUCGACCGACCAUGGCCGAGGUGGUGCAGUUUCUUGAGGGCCUCUCUGAUCUCGGUAUGCCACCACUGCCAAGACUGCUCAAUGCGGUCACAGGAGGGUCACCGACAUGACUGUGACAUUUAUAGUCUUGCCUCGAAUUAGGUUUAGCAAUCCCAUGAGAAUAUUGUCAUUUGUCAUCUAUAUCAUAUCCUAGAUAACCAUUGUAUUCGUAACUACUUUGAAAAUAUUUUUGACAUACUAGACUUAUAUGCAAUCAAGGAAAGAUAUUGACUU